GAGUUGCUCGCGUCAUUCAUAGUAGUUACUUGGUUGACUGCGAGUUGUUUUAUAGAAUUGGACAGUACCAAAACAUUACUACAAUGGCUGACGUUGAACAAGCUCCCGCCGCUGCCGUAGCAGCACCUGCCAAGGCUGGCAAGGUAAAGACACCAAAAAAGAAGGUUGCCAGUAAAGGAGUCAAGAAGCCAUCUAAUCACCCGAAAUACAGUGAGAUGAUCAAGGCAGCAGUAGGUUCCCUGAAAGAAAGGGGUGGUUCCUCCAGACAAGCCAUCUUGAAGUAUAUUAUUCGUACAUACAGUGUUGGAAAAGAUGAGAAAUCUGUCAACAGUCACCUUAAAUUGGCACUAAGAGCUGGUGUGAAGAAUGGUAAAUUGAAACAAUCCAAAGGUUCUGGUGCUUCUGGUUCAUUCAAACUCGGCGAAGAUAAAGCUGAAAAGAAACCCAAGGCCAAGAAACCAAGCGCCAAGAAACCAAAGGCUGCCAGCAAACCAAAAAGCCCAAAGAAGGUUAAAGCCAAGAAGCCAGCUGGAGAAAAGAAACCCAAGAGCCCAAAGAAAGUCAAGAAGCCUAAAGUUGCGAAAAAUUCACCCGCGAAGGCAGCUAAACCCAAAAAGGCAACAAAAUCGAAAGCAAAGAAAGCCAAAUCACCAAAGAAGGCGAAAACUUCAAAAUAGAAAAUGUGAUGUGUUAGAGGACUAACAUUAUAGACACCGUGAGUGAACAUACGGAGUGAAUCAUCAUCAUGUGCUAGGAAAUUAACUGUUUAUUAUUUUGUUGUUCAUAAUUUCAUUGACGUUUUUAUUCUAUUUUCAUCUCUGGUGCAUACCUUCAUCAGGCAGCGUUGUUUGUUUCAAGUAGAAGCAUUCACUAGGACAUUUUCAUGACUACUAGAUAUAGAUAUAGUUGAUCAUCGUUGACUCAUUAUCAUCAUCGUAUCGUACUAGACUAGUUCAAUCAUGUAAAUAUACAUCGUGCUAUGUACAUUAUAGAUCGUUAUUUAUAGUUAUUUCAUAUUCAUUAUGUUUAUAAAUCUCAUUUUCAUUGGAUAAAAUUUGAUUUUUUUAUAA